CUAGUGACAGCAGACAGAACAACAGUUGAGUUAACAAUUUCCGAUCUUUUGUUUUUUAGUAAACUCGGCCGAAUAGAAUUUAAAACAGUUUUUUAGUGUAUUUAAAAUGGAAAACCCUGAAGAAAUAUUACACAGUCUAGAAGAAUUUUCAAAAAUGAAACCGAAAGACAUUCCACGUGAGUUAGAAGAGUAUCUUUGUUUUGUUGCCAAAACAGGCAACCCCAUUUACCAAUGGUCAAUAAUAAAGAGCCUUUUUCGGGAAAAGCUCAUCAAUGUGAUUACUGAGUUCUACGAAUCCUGCCCUUCUAUGGACAUACCACCUUGUCCUAACGUAGAAAUGUUUAAUUAUGAUAUGAUGAAAAAUUUUAUAUUAGAGAAGCUUGAUACAUUCGCUGCUGCCCCUUUUACAGUGCAGAGAAUCUGUGAGUUGUUAACAACCCCCCGAAAGGAAUAUAAUCGAAUAGACAAGUAUAUGAGAGCAUUGGAAAAGAAUAUUUUAGUUGUAAGUACAACAGAGCCAGGCCGAAGGUCAACCGAAAAUGGGGAAGGAAUUAUGAAUGGUAUAGAGUCUGAACAUCUGCCUGAAAGUAGCAAUUCUAGUCAUGAUAUAAAUAUAGAAGAUAUGGACGAAAGUCCUUCAAAUUGGUCUAGACAUGAACAAGCUACCCCAGUUUUGUAUAAGAAUGUUGAAAAUGAAGAUUUGUCGAAAAAUGAAGUAGAGCCAACCACAGAGACAAGUUCAACACCUUUUGUAAAUGAUCAGGAAACAAAACCUGAAAUAACAUCCAGUAGUGACAAUGAAGAACCAAAACCACAACCUCAAGAGACUGUUAUAACAUGUACAAGUACUGAAGAGACAAUAGAAACUUAUGUUUCAGUUGACUCACAAGAAACUACCUAUCAAAACUUAUCUGAAGAAAGCAGUAGCAAUAGUAGUGAUUCUUCAGCAUCUGCAUCUGAAUCAAAAGAAGCCAUCCCAGAAGAAAAGGAGCCAACUGAGCAGGUUCCCAAGGUUGAAGAUACCAUUGUGCCUAAAGAAGACCAACAUGACAUCAUUAAAGAAGAAACAGUAGUAUCAGAAAACAAACCAGAUCCACUAAUACCUCCAUCUGAAGAAACUACUUUUGAAUCAACAUCUCCAGAAAGUAAACAAGAUACACCAGAAAUACCCAUUGAAGAAAUAUCAUCGGAAAAUUCUUCAGAGAGUCUCAAUUCUACAGAAAUCACAUCAAUAUCUGAAACUAGUUCAGAAGCAGAAGAAAAAUCAGAAGAAAAGGAAGCCGAACAUAAAGAAGCAGUACAAGAAAAAGAGACAAUAGAUGAAAUAAAAUCUGCAUCAGAAGAUAGGGAAUCUGAGAAUGUAGUUGACAGUUCGACAGACAUUCUAAAAGAAGUAGAUGGAGUAGACCUGAUAGAAGAAAAGUCAGAAGUGCUAGAAAAUCAAUCUGAUGAAGCAGAAGUUAAAGACAUUGUUACCAGUGAUACAGUUGAUGUAAAAGAUAAAGAGGAUGAAACACCUACCCCUAUGGAUAUAGAUGUGAAAGAAAACAAUCCAGAAAAAAAAGUUGAAACCGAAGAGCCAAGUUCGUCUGUGGAAACUUUUGUGAAACUUAUGUCGGAAUACUACCCAAGAGAUUAGAAUAGACUUAUUUAGAUUUUCUAGUGACUCAGGUCGCCUACAAUAGGUUGGUUUUAAGUAAUAGAUUGUUGCGUUUUGUAUAUUGAUUUUUUUAGUACUCUUAAAUCAUUCUCUUUAAAAAACAAACAAAAAUAUCUUUAAUCGCUUUUUUAUAUAAAAUAAAUAGGAUUUUCAAUAUUCGAAAAUUGAAUUUUUCUUAGUUACUGUGACAAGAAUUAUGGAGAGUUUUGAAAAUUGCUUCAAAAUUUGUAAGUAACUCUAAUCUAAUAAUAAAGUUCUCUCGUCUAUUAUUGUCUGUAAUAGUACAAAAAGGUGCUCUAUUAGUUUUUAAUAGAAAAUAUGCAGUAAAACAAGUCAAAAUAGCACAGAGAACUUAUAUUGUUCUAAAUCUCGGAGUAGAGUAACUGGGUUUUGUGAGGGUUUUAAAAUCUUGCGCCAUAAUAUAGGCAAGCAAUUUACCUUUCUUUUUUUAAGUGCUAAAAAUAUUUUUUUAUCUUGGCAGCUUUUAUUUUAAGAAAAAGUUUCUAUUGUAUUCAUUUAGUUUUUAAUUUUUCUCUGAAUCUAUUUUAUCUUAAUUUAUUCUCUUUUUCUCAGAGGGAACACAUUUUGAUACUUUGUUUUUGUGUUGUCCAUACUUCCCUCCCAAACAUCAGAUAUGGCAUAGUGAAGGCAAAUUUCAUAUCUGCUUUUUGUUUAAGAAAGAACAUAUUCUUAAUACCAAUGAAAACUGCUUUUGCUCCUCUAACAAAGUGUUUCUACUUUCUGUAAAAUCAGCGAACAUUUGAUUUAUGUUCUAAUCCUAAUGUUUAUGUCAGAAAUGUGAAAAUAUUAAAAUCUGUUUCAUGUAAAAUUUAAUUUUUGAGACGAUUUACAAGCAACAGAAAGUCAGAAAUUUGAUGGCCAUUCAGAAAAUUUAUGGACUCAUCUUCUCUAAUACAUAUAUCAGCUCUUUUAACUUUGUCAAAAGACUUCUCCAAGUCAAUUAAACACCUGUUCUCUUAUUAGAAUAAUAUACACAGAAUCAAAAUCAUUUCGGUCCCUUUAUUGAUCGAUUGAUGUAUUUUUUUAGUUAGGCCUGGCUGGAAUGAGGUUUCUAACAUGCGGGAGCCACUGUCAAAGCUACUAAGUCUAAUAAAAAAGACCAGGCUAGACGACAUAUUCUAAAACAAACGGAGUCCCACAAUAGAUCUGAAUAGGUCGCGGUGGACAAGGACAAAUAAUGUCCAACUCCUAAUCUAAUCUAGUUAAUUUGAAGGGGUAAAUUGCUUGCCUGUAUCAUUUUUUUUACAGCAAAAGAAUAGCCUGUAUCAGUUCUAUAUUAUUUCCAUGCACUAAGACUGUUUUUUUUUUAAUUAAAGUGAAUAAGCAAGGUUAAAAUUUUGUAUUAAAAUUUUAAUAGUAACUCAAAGUUGUAUUUGUUCUACAUUUAAAUUUUUUUCUAUUUUAUUGGAAAAUAUUAACGUAUAAGUAGUGUAAAAAAUUUGUUUGGACAGACGGUAGAAUAAUCUCGUCACUGAAACAGUAACCCAUUUAUUUGGCACUUAAAACUAAUAGGCCUUUUUAUAAAUUUCUUCAUAAAAAAUCAAUGUAUAUCCAAAAAUGCAACAUAAACUGUAUUAUUUCUUAGCUAAUGUUGAAUUCUCUGGAUUAUGAUGAUAUCCCGAGAAUUUAUUGUGUUUAUGUUUAUAGUAGGAAUAAACGAGGUUAAGACUCUGGUGAUCUCUAAUUAUUUUUGUAACAAUUUAAUAGUGUUUCUUUAUUUGUCAAAUACUAGACUAAAAUUUGCAUUUUUAUGCAGGUUUGUGACCUAAAAAACCAGUAUAAACGAUUAUUUUAAUUACAAUUUUUAAAAAUUUCAUAAAGUACAUUUAAGUUCAUUACAAAUUAUAAUGUAGGUUCUUUAAAAUGGUAAAUUGUCUUUACUUUUUAGCCAUUUUCGAAAUAUGUUUUAUUUAUUUGUAGCAGAAAAACCUUUUUCGUAAGGCCAAAUUUUAUUUCAGAUUUUUCUAAUAUCUAAGAAUUGUAAAUGAGAAUAAAGUAUUUGUUUAAUACAUUUAAUUAUAUUUGUAUACAGGUGCACUUCUAGAAAUAUAAGAUUUUAUUAAUAAUAAAAUGUUUUUGAUUAUUAUUCCCUAUUUCAACAUACAUUUUUAUUUGUGGUACACUUUCUGGAAGAUUAGGGCACGUUAAUAACAUUAAUCAAAGGUAUAGAAAAUUUGUUAAUGUGCACACAUUCAUCCAACUUUUUCAUGAACAUAUUUUUCCAAAUAAUUACAUAUUUAUAUAUUAUCCAAAUAUGCUUAUUAAAAUAUUCUUGGACUUGUCCAAAGCCUACGAUUGUCUAGACCAUGGGAUAGUGCUGGAGAAAUAUGGAAUUAGGAGGCCUGCAUUAGGGUGAUUCAAAUCAUAUCUUAAGGAUAGGAAACAGGUUGUCAAAAUAUAUAAAAAUAAUGAGGAAGGUAGAUCUGUAGAAAUAACAUCUAAUAUAGAAAUAGCUCGGGAAAGUAUAGUAGGUCCAUUGAUUUUUAUUUAUGUGAAUGAACUAAACAGCGUUAUGAUGGCUAAUGAGAACUGUGUGCUAACCAAUUAUGCAGAUAACACAAAUAUCUUAAUAAAUGCAUCUAAUAUGAUGGAAUUAACCCUAAAUGCAGAGAGAGAGAGAGAUAACUAAAGCUAAAAAAUGGUUUGAAAUAAAUUAAUACUUUUUAAAACCAAUUACAACAGAGAUGAAAUGCCAAUAAAUAUUUAACUAAACUGUAUAUUUAAGGUCUCAACUAGUACCAAGUUUCUGGGGCUAUAUAUUGAUAGUUUUCAGUGCUGGGAAAGCCAUGUUGAGUUUGUAUGUACAAAACUGAGCCAGAUCUGUUGCAACAUCAGAGUUGUGAAAAAAUAUUUGGAAUGGGGUAGUUUAAAAAUGGUAUACUUUGCAAAUUUUUAAUCCAGAAUUAGAUAUGGGAUAAUAUUCUAUGGUGGGAGCAAUUCAAUUGAAAGGGUUUUUUAGUGCAAGAAAGAAUAAUGCGGAUUAUGCUCAGUUUGAAUAUGAGAGAGUCGUGUAGAGGUAAAUUUAGAGAAAAUAAAAUCUUAACUGUGAUAGGCAUAUACAUCCAGGAAUGCUUAACUUUUUUAUUUAAAAAUAGGUUUAUUUUCAAAUUUUGAACCAACAAAUGCUUAUAUAUUGAGAAAUAUAAACCUAGUAUAUCCAAUACAUAGGCUGACAGCUAUACAGAACAUGGAGCAGGGUACAGCUGUGUAAAGUUGUACAAUAAACUGCCUGAUGCAAUAAAAAGAUUAGUUAAUGUUAAAGUAUUUAAAAGGGAAGUACCACAUACAAUUAAUGAAUAUUACUCUAUGUGAUCAUUAAUAUAUUUUCCUUGACACUGUUUUGUUUAAGAAUUGUCGUACUUAUAUGUAUUAUGAUUGUUCCUCAAAAUAAAGAUUAUUAUUAUUAUUAAAAGACAUUAAUAGAUGCCAUUAUAAACAUCAACGCACGACACAUAAGUUUAAAUAGCCAAAUUGCAAAUAUGGGCAACAAUUUGUUUCCAGAAUUUACCAUAUUUUAUGUACCAAUUUACAUUUAACAGUAUAUUGACAUAGUAUGCUCAACAAAGCAUCAUUAUAGUCUUAAGAGCUAGAGGCCGCAAGAUGGUACGAUCAUAACUCUGGCUGGAAUUUUGUAAAGUGGUAGGCGGGACCAUCAGGAAGUGUCAUCUGCAAACAAGACGUCGGGCAGCUCAAAGUUGUAAAAAUAUCUGCUAAAAAAAUUACAAUACAAAUAUUUCAUUAGAAAACUUACAUGACCCGAUCUCAGUUUGUAGGCACUGAAUAAGCAGUAGAAUGUGCAUUUCACAGUUUUUUUAUUUUUGGAAAUAAAAUUUAAAAAAUACGUACUAUUGUUGUUUAUUUAUUUUAAAUACAUUUUAUUUAGCAUAAUAAUAUUACAAACUGAGCUAAUGGGUCAUGUCAAGAAACUUCUAAUUAAAUAUGUGUAUUGUAAAUUUUAACAAAAACAUUUUAUUAACUUUUUCGUCUGACGUCUCAUUUGUAGGGGGUUUAAACUAAAUCCUUGCAGAUGACACUUUCUGAUGGGCCUGUGUACCACUUCACAAAAUUCCUGCCGGAGGGUACGAUCUUACCAUCUUGCAGCCGCUAGCUCUCAGUCUAUUAGGAGAGAUGUUCUGGAUGUUGUUGAGGUAAAAGGAAUAAAAUAUAUUUAUAGUCCCCCAUUGGACGUGGAGGAAGAGAAAAUGGUACUAGUGCAAAGAGAUCCGGAGAGUUCAUUUGGUCCUUCAUUAAUUAUUUUAUACAUAGAAUACAUAUAAUUUUGCGCCUGGAAUCUAGUGAAGUAAUUUUGAAUUCAUUUCUUAUUUGUAUUGUUAGUGGGGAAGACACCCUGAUCGAUGGUAACUAAAAUGGCGGGCAUUAACAUCACCCAAGUGAAUGUCCAUCGCACCAAGGGAGCAUCGGCUUUGAUCUCCAGGACAUUCAACAAAGACCAAUUAGAGAUCGUACUGAUCCAGGAACCAUGGGCCUAAGGAAACCAGGUAAGAGGACUUGCAUGUAAAGGCGCAAGGGUAAUUUAUCACACUAUAUAGUGAUGAAGUACCCAGAACUUGCAUU